AUGUGCGGAAUCCACGCAGUUGUUUCUCGCGACGGCUUCCAGUCGCUGCCAACGGCUACCCGGACAUGCCUAUGCAAUCGCGGCCCGGAUCAUCUCGGCGAGGUUCAAGCCCAGAGCAAAACAGGCGGUGCCGGCUCGGAAAACCUCUUCCUGACCUUCACGUCGACCGUCCUGGCUCUGCGCGGCGACCACGUCACCCAGCAGCCAUUCCGCGACGCAUCUUCGGGCUCCGUUCUCUGCUGGAACGGCGAGGCCUGGAAGCUUGCCGGCGCACCCGUUCAAGGCAACGACGGCGAGGCGGUAUUCUCCCUGCUCACUGCGGCCAGUAGCCGCGACGACGCCGAGGACGCGAUAUUGGACGUGCUGCGAAGCAUCCAAGGCCCCUUUGCAUUUGUCUACUUUGACGCGCCUGCGUCUCGUCUCUACUACGGUCGCGAUCGCCUCGGUCGGCGUUCCUUGCUGCUGAAUCAGGAGGAGGGGUUGCGGCUGUCCAGCGUUGCCGAGAGCACGUCGCCGGCUUGGGCCGAAGUAGAGGCGGAUGGCAUCUACGUGCUGAACCUGGUCGGAUGGCGCGGUGACUCGAGUGGCUCACCCUCCCCUCGGUCGUGGACACCAGGUGAGGCGGAGACGGUUCUCAACAUCGGCGUUUUCAACAUGGCACUACCGCCCCGGGACACCCAGCCACUGUCAGCGUCGUCGCCAUCGGUCCGGGAUGUAAAGCAACAGUUGACAGAAUCGCUCAAGCUACGCGUCCUGGACGUUCCCACACCACCGGCUCACGAGGCGGACAACGACACGCGGAUUGCCGUUUUGUUUUCCGGUGGGUUGGACUGCACUAUCCUGGCGCGUAUGGCAAGCGAUCUUCUGCCCUCAGAACAAGGCAUUGACUUGAUCAAUGUCGCCUUUGAGAACCCUCGCUUGGCGGCGAAGGCCGAGCAGUCAUCUGAUGGCCUGACCCUCUAUGAGGCGUGCCCGGACAGAAUUACUGGAAGAAAGUCGUUCGCCGAGCUAACCGCUGUUUGUCCAACCCGCCGGUGGAGAUUUAUUGCUGUGGAUGUUCCUUACCAAGAAGUACUUGGGCAUCGGAGCCAAGUGAUCUCGUUGAUGCACCCCCAUAACACCGAGAUGGACUUAUCCAUCGCUUACGCCCUCUACUUUGCCGCCCGCGGCAUCGGCAUGGCGCAAAGCCACCCUUCUGACACGGCUACUCACUACGCCACACCAGCACGAGUCCUCCUUUCCGGUCUCGGUGCUGACGAACUAUUCGGCGGCUACGUGCGGCACGCCACCGCCUUCGCGAGGAGAGGUCACCUGGGUCUCCUCGAUGAGCUGAAGCUGGACGUCGGCCGACUUGGGAAGCGGAACCUUGGACGCGACGACAGAGCCAUGGCCCACUGGAGCCGCGAGGUGCGGUUCCCUUAUCUCGACGAGGAUUUCGUCAAGUGGUCGAUCGAAAUGCCAGUGUGGGAGAAGUGCGAUUUCGGCUUCACUGAAGCAGACGCAGAGAUUGAGCCUGGGAAGAGGGUGCUGAGGCUGCUCGCCGAAGCGCUCGGCAUGACUGCUGUCGCCCGGGAGAAGAAGAGAGCCAUUCAGUUCGGCUCGAGAACAGCCAAGAUGGAGAGCGGCAAGACGAAAGGGACCACGCUCAUUUCUCCUUGA